AAUUACCAAUGGAAUGAAAGUUUGACUCUUUGGCUUCCAGUGAGAAAGACUUCAGCUCUGAGUUCGAGAAGGUUUCCAAAGGAGAUUAUCUUUGCUACAGCUACAGUUAUGGAGAGUAACCCUUCCUUCAGCAGUCAUCAAGUUCUGUGCAAAGAUGUUGAGCUGGGAAAGGAGGAGGAGAGAAAAGCCAGAUAUCACAGUUACCAGUAUGGUGCCAUAAUUCUGAGUGUGCUGUUCCUGACAUUGGCCCUCUCUAUCUAUAGUCUAAGAUAUAUAUGGAGCCCAAGCCCUUUAAAGGUGUAUAAUCAUCACUACAAAGCUGUACUAGAUGGAAUGGAGACUGAGAGCAUGAUGAAAAUCCUUCCAGACCAACGCAUCGAAAUCUUCAGAAUGGGAAACAGCACUGACGAGGUCCUGGAGGUGCAUGACUUCAAAAAUGGAAUAAUGGGUAUCCGUUUUGCCAAGCACCAGAGAUGCUACAUCAGGACUCAAACCAAGCAGCUUCCCAAGCUGAUGGAAGUGGAUGCAAAGAAUGUGGAUAUAGAGGUGGGUGAGACUGGCGAGAUAGAUAUGCAGGUGGUGGACUCACAGAUAUGGAUCCCUGCUGAGGAGCCCAUCUCCAACAGAACAUUCCUGCUCAAUUCCAAGAUCUCUGAGGUUUGCCAAGAGCUGCCCAUCCACUGGAUCCACCCUUCCCCUCUCAGAGAUGCUGAGUUCCAUGAUAUAGAGGAUGUGGAGGAGUCCCCGGAGCUGGAGGUGAGAGGGCCACGUCAGGCCAGGGAUGUCAUGGACCAGUUACCAGUAAACGACUAUAGAGAAAUUGGGUUGGAACUGGACAACAGUCUAGAUGAGCAGGGCUACUGCUGCCAGUACUGCCGUCGUGGGUACCGUUAUUGUCGGCGAUAUCACGAGCCCCUGGGUGGCUUUUGGCCAUAUCCCUACUAUUACCAGGGAGGACGGGUCAUCUGUCAGAUUGUCAUGCCCUGCAACUGGUGGAUAGCACGCAUGCUGGGACGGAUUUGAGGAAGAGGGACAUAGUGCUGUAAAUGAAAGGUGCUAUGCUGCUCAGGGAUAUGCCUAUGGGUAUGCAAAACAUCUGAUCAUUAAGCAUAGUUCAGACCAGGUAAUUGUCAUAAUAAUUUUUCAUAGUAUAUACAGUGGGGUUCAAAAGCAGUGUUGGAUGUAAUCGGAUUACAAAGUUAUAAGUUAUUGUACUCUAUUAUUAUUUUAAUUUCUUUAAUUUCUUACAGUAAAUUACUUUAAGUACAUUACUUGAGUUACACAUUCCUAAAAUAGUAUUAUACUUGCCAAAUUUAAAAUAUGAAUUAUGUUAAUAUGUACGACUGUUUCUGUGACAGCUGAGUGAUUGUAAGGGAGAAACAAGGGUAUGACUUGCAUGCAUCAAUGAACAAGGAGGAAAUACAGUACAGACAUUAUCUUAAAGGUGCACUCAGUAUUUUUCCCCAUUAAAAAAAUUGUACUCCUAAAGAAAGGAAUUGUAUUUUGAAGCAUACUGUAUGUAUAAAAUCAUGACCACUCACAUGAGAUGAGGACUCUAGUCAUCUCAGUAACCUUAUUAAAGCUGUUUUAUUUUACAUGGGGGCUGCCAUUUUAGAAUCACAUGGCCAGCUGAAUACUACUCGCUUAAUCUCAGUAACCAUCUUGUUUGUGGUCACUUGCUUGGAUUAAAUUAAUCAAAUUUUAUUAAUUUGAUUGUGAAUAGUGAAUAUCUACAAUGGCAUCUGUAACUGAAAUCUUAUUGAUUUUGAAUGAUGCUGCAUCCACACUACUAGGUGUCAGUGUAAGUUAAUCUAAUAAAAAUUACACAAUCAAAAAGUGCACCUUUUUUUUUUUUUUUUUUUUUUAACCCUUUUUUACCCUUUUCUCCCAAUUUGGAAUGCCCAAUUCCCACUACUUAGUAGGUCCUCGUGGUGGUGCGGUUACUCACCUAAAUCCGGGUGGCGGAGGACAAGUCUCAGUUGUCUCCGCUUCUGAGACAAUCAAUCCACGCAUCUUGUCACAUUGCUCGCUGUGCAUGGCACCACGGAGACUCACAGCACGGGAGCCUCAUGCUAUUCUCCGCGAUCCACGCACAAUUUACCAUGCACCCCAUUGAGAGCGAUAACCCCUAAUCUUGACCACGAGGAAGUUGCCCCAUGUGACUCUACCCUCCCUAGCAACCGGGCCAAUUUGGUUGCUUAGGAGACCUGGCUGGAGUCACUCAGCACGCCCUGGAUUUGAACUCAUGACUCCAGGGGUAGUAGUCAGCGAACUGAGUGCACCUUUAAAUUUGUUGAGCAAAAAAAAAAAAAAAAAAAACUUCUGUGAAAAGUGUUUUAGAAAGUAACUUAAGUAAUUAAUAAUGUGAUUACUUUUCUGAUAAUGUAAUCAGUAAAAUAAUCAGAUUAAGAUUUAAAAAAGAAGAAAAAAGCAAAUAGUAAUUUGUAGUUGAUUACUUUUUUGAGUAAGUUACCCAACAAUGUUAAAAUGUCCACUUGUAAAAAUACAACCCCUGGCAAAAAUUAUGGAAUCACCACACUUAGAGGAUGUUCACCCAGCUUUUUUAUUUUGUAGUAAAUAAACAAAUCACAGAUAUGACACAACACAAUUUUUGUUUAAUAGCUGAACAUUCUGGCUUCGUGAAACAUCCCUCAAACAAAUUAAAUUACAUAAUUUUAAUGAAUGGUAUAUUUUUUUCCAGUAGAGGAAAAAAUUAUGGAAUCAUCAAAAAAAAUAAAAUAAAAAUAAAAUCACAAUUGGUACUUUGUUGCUCCUCCUCUGGUUUUUAUGAUGGCCUGACUUCUUUGAGGAAUGGAUUUCAUUCAUGAAAAACAAUAUUCUCCAUUAAGCUGGUUCCAACUUUCUCAAAUAGCAGUUGAAAGAUCAGAAUUGCAGGAUGGAGCCUUGUCAUGGGCCAAUCUUUUCAAUUUCCACCAUACAUUUUCAGUCGGACUGAGAUCUGGCCAUGUCAUUGAGUUGAUAUGCCUUUCCUGAUAUGCUUUUCCUGAAGAAAAGCUUUAACACUCUUUGCUGUGUGGUGUGGUGAUUCCAUAUUUUUGCCAGGGGAUGUACAUCUGUUUUGCAUUUAGGUGUCGUAUGGUCAUUGUCACAGAUUUGCUUAUUUGAUUAGUUACCAAAAAGUAGUGCAGAUUCUUAAAUAUUUGCUUUAUUUUCAAUUUUUCAAAAUUCUAAAACCUCCUGUUUAAAAGGUUUUUAUUCCCCAAUUUUCCAUGUGGACUCAGACUUUUGAACCCCACUUUCUAUAUGUGUGUAUAUACUGUUCAUUACUCUGAUUUAUCUUUUUGAAUGAGCAGAUUAAGAAAACUGUAUAUGUCCUUGAUUACAUUUAGAACAGAAAUGGCAGAAAACUUACACUUAAAUGGUUAGAGUAAGUUAUUAUUGUCUGUAAAUUCCAUUCAGACCUUUCAAAACAUUGGAAAACAUGUAGGUAAAGACAUUAUCACUCAAAUCGCAAAAUGAAUUGUUUUAAUUUGAUUUUGUGUGUGUGUUUGUGUCAGUGAAGUUGUAGUUUUGCAUGUCAUUAUGCUUUGUGAAGGUCCUUAGUUUAGUCUUCUUUAAAUCUCUAGUGGAUUGUAAGGAACUGUGUGAGGUUUUGUUAUUUGCAUGUUUAUAUAUUAUGAAAUAGUGUAUUUACACUGCUCAAUAUCACAUCAAAUAUUGAUGUAUUUGAUGCAUUUUAUGUAUUUAAGGUGCUAUACAAAUAAAAUGUUUUAUUAUUAUCAAAGUAAGCAGAUGAUGCCAACAAGCUCUGUAUUGGUAAAGCAAACUAUAAUCUGUAGAAAUCUGUAGAACUUUGGAAAUUAGCCUCUUUAAGUCAAUAAGUGAAUUUAAUGCAGUUCAGAAAUGCACUGUACACAAAUCACAUUGAUAUAUACAUGUAUAUAUAAGUAGUAACAUUGCUAGCACAAUAAUUGCUGGUCUGGGACUCUUUCAAUCUAUUCUUGCAUCUAACCUAAUGCUUGUUCUUUUAAUACCACUUAAAUAGUGUAAUGCAUUUUUUGUUUAAGUUGUUUUUCCAUCAACUUCCUUUUGAAUAAAAACAGGUAAAAGUG